AUGAGGACAAACCAAGGCUCGAGUAAUGACUUGCUAUAUCGCUCAAACCAAACAAGACGAGAUACUGAUCCAUAUGCACCCAAUUCUCCAAAUGCUUUGAAGGAAUAAACUGAGUAUAUAACACGGGAAAAAUAUAAUAAAUUAAAGGAUCUCAAUUCAAAAUUGAAGGUAAGUGCAGUCUCUCAACAGUAUAGGCAGCCUUGAGAGAUUACAUGCAAGAAGGCAAAGAUUAGGAGAAGAUAUUAUAGUUGAAAGAAGAAAUCAUAUAAAAAUAUGAGAGGGAACGAUCAGAUUGGCAACAUAAAGGCAAUGAAGAUUUGAAAUCCCAAUUAAAUCAACUGAAAAUUAAGGUUCAGAAGAAGAAAACCAAAAUGAGGUUAUUGAAGGAUCAAUCUAAAGUGUUUGAUGCUAGGUUGGAUUAAUAAAAAGCUUCAUUCCAAGUUGAAUUGGACAGAGUACAACGACUCUAUGAUGCAUUAACCACAGAAAUGUAUGAGUUUCAAAUAACAAAUUAGCAAGGAUCAUGAGAAACGAUAUAAAUUAUUGAAAGACGAAAAUAAUGUUAUUAAAUAAGCUGUCGUAGUGAAAGAAGAGCAAUCUCGAUAUCUUGAAAUUGAAUUAAAAGAGGAUAAAUAAAAAAUCUAGAUUUUAGAAUCAAAAAUAAAUGAGCAAUUUGAAGAAAAUAGAAUUUUAUAAUUGACAAUUGAUAAUUUAACUAAUAAGAACUAAGAUUUAGAAAAAUUGAUUAAAAUUAAUGAAGCAAACCAUUAAUAAGAAUCAAAUAAACUUUAAUCUGAUAAACUCUCAUAACAGCAAGAAUUAAAUUCAUAAAUUAAUAAAAAAAAAGAUAAGAUCAAAGCGAUGAAUAAUCAAAUUUAGUAAUUAGAAAAUACGGUUAAUUAAAAAUAAUAGCAAGAAUUUAAAUUAAAUAAUUUAGUUUAGGAAAAACAAAAAGAGUAUCUAAAAUUGUAAGCACAAUUAGAAGAUUAAAAAAAUAAAAUUGAUUAAGUAUCAAAGGAAGCUAAUUAUUACCUUUCGGAUAUUAAAUAGUUAAAGUCUGAAUUAGAAUAAUAAAAGUCUUUAGUAAAAACGAAUGAAGAUAAAUUGGCUGAGUAUGAUAAGCAAUAUCAAUUAGAUCAAGAAGAAAAAAACUAAAUUUUGUAAGAUUUAGAAUAAUUGAAAUAAGAAAAUAGAAGAAUCUAAUAGUUAUUGUAUGAAUUUGAUAAUGAUAUUUCUUAUCUGAAUUAAUAGCAUUUAGAAGUAAUAGUUUAAGCAUAUCAUAGAGACAAAGAUCAAUAGAAAAGACAGUAGAGUAUUUGCAAAAUCAAUUAAAGCAUUCAUAGGAAAAUUUAGCUGAAUCUAAAAGUCUACUUUUGGAAAUGUAGAAAUAAUAAGCUACGAAUGAGGAAUAGAUAGAGUUCUAUAAAAAUAAAUAUCAAAAAUCAAAAUAAAAUCGAAAAAGACUAUAAAAUGAGUAAAGAUGUGUAAAUUUACACCUAUAUAAUAGUUAGAAGAAAGGAUCAAAAUGAUUGAGUAUGACAGAAUUCAAGAUGAGAGAGAGGUUCUAAGGAAUAAAGACAAUAUUAUUCAAUAGAAAUAAGUUUAAUAGAGUAAGAUUAGAGUGUUGGAUGAUAUUUAAAAUAUGAUAAAACUACAUAAAAGGACUAAUUUCUGA